GCAUCGCGCGCAGCACCUUGCGCCCGCGCCGCGCCAGUCAGCAGCAGUGGCUCGUGUUGGCUGAACCAUCUAUAGGGCCAUCUCCUUUUUUUCUUGCCGUAGGACACCUUAGACCAACACAUACAAAAUGGCGGAUGAUGAUAAAAAGCGUCUCGAGGAGGCGAAGAAGGCCAAACAGGCCGAGAUCGACCGCAAGCGCGCUGAGGUGCGCAAGCGCAUGGAAGAAGCCUCCAAGGCCAAAAAGGCGAAGAAGGGUUUCAUGACACCAGAGAGGAAGAAGAAGCUCAGGUUGCUGCUACGUAAGAAAGCCGCUGAGGAGUUGAAGAAGGAGCAGGAACGCAAAGCGGCCGAGAGGAGGCGCAUCAUUGAAGAGAGGUGCGGUAAACCCAAGAACAUUGACGAUGCAAACGAAGCAAUGCUCAAGAGAAUAAUACAGGAGUAUUAUGACCGCAUGUAUGUGUGUGAGGGCCAGAAGUGGGAUUUGGAACAUGAAGUCAAGAAAAGAGAUUAUGAGAUCGCUGACCUGAACUCUCAAGUCAAUGAUCUCAGAGGAAAAUUCGUCAAACCCACACUGAAGAAGGUGUCCAAAUACGAGAACAAAUUCGCAAAGCUCCAGAAGAAGGCUGCCGAAUUCAACUUCCGUAACCAGUUGAAGGUUGUUAAAAAGAAGGAAUUCACCCUUGAAGAAGAAGACAAAGAGGGAGGUGCCGGUGGCAAGAAAAAGCCAGACUGGUCCAAGGGCAAGCCAGGAGAUCAGAAGGAAGGGGAAAGUGCGCCGCCAGCAGAGGGAGCAGCGCCAGCAGAUGGUGCACCUCCAGCAGAAGGUGCGCCACCGGCAGAAGGUGCACCACCCGCGGAAGGUGCGCCACCGGCUGAAGGGGCGCCACCAGCGGAAGGGGCGCCGCCAGCGGAAGGGGCACCACCUGCAGCCGCAGAAGGUGCUCCAGCAGCACCACCUACAGAUGGAGCGGCGCCCCCUGCGGAAGGUGCUACUCCUGCACCACCCGCGGAGGGAGCUCCAGCAGCGGCGCCUGCUGAAGGAGCACCUGCAGCUCCACCUGCGGCAUCAGCACCGGCAGAAGGAGCUCCACCUGCGCCCGCUCCUGAAGCCGCCCCUGCGCCCGCACCUGCUGAAGCCCCGGCGCCAGCUCCAGCUCCUGAACCGGCGGCAGCACCGCCACCAGUUGAAGCGUCCGCGUAAACGAUGCAGCUCAUGUCAUUGCAAGUACUACGCUCGCAGCACUGUCACGGGUGUCAUCUAUCACCGUGCAACAUCAUUAUGAUUAGAACUAAGUAUUUUUCUACCAUUCAUCAUACAUUUGUACAUUUUGUAU